AUGCCCGGGGCGAUCACGGCCAUGAGCCGCAUCGCUACGCUCGGUUACGAGCUGGCGAUGGCCACGAACCAAGACGGAUUGGGAACGGCGAGUUUCCCCGAAGCGACGUUCUGGCCGGCGCACAACCUGAUGCUCAAAACGUUCGAAGGCGAGGGCGUUCGCUUCGACGACAUCCUGAUCGACCGUUCGAUGCCCGCCGACAACGCCCCGACGCGCAAACCGCUGACCGGGAUGUUCGGCAAAUAUCUCGGCGGAGACUACGACCUGAAAAAUUCGCUGGGGCCUGCGGAGCACUGCGUGCUGAUCACCGACGACUGGAACCGCGUCUGGCAAUUCCUGCGCGCCGGCGAACGCACCGCCGAAAUCGCCCGUAAGACGCGCGAGACGGAUAUCCGCGUGGCGAUCGACCUGGACGGCAGCGGGUCGUCGCACAUCGACACCGGACUGAAAUUUUUCGAUCACAUGCUCGAACAGAUCGUGCACCAUGCCGGAGUAUCGCUGAUCGUCGAGGUCAAAGGCGACCUUGAAGUGGACGAACACCAUACGAUCGAAGAUACGGCCAUCGUGCUCGGCGAAGCGGUUUACCAGGCGCUCGGAUCGAAACUCGGCAUCGAACGCUACGGUUUCUGCCUGCCGAUGGACGAAUGCCGGGCCAGCGUGCUGAUCGACUUCGGCGGCCGGAUCGACUUCGACUGGAACGUCCCGUUCCGCCGCGAGCGCAUCGGCGACGUGCCGACCGAAAUGUUCCGCCAUUUCUUCAAGAGCUUCGCCGACGCCGCGCGCUGCAACCUGCACAUCGCGGCCGAAGGCGAAAACGAGCACCACAAAAUCGAGGGCGUGUUCAAGGCCUUCUCUCGCGCGCUGCGGAUGGCCAUCGCCCGCAACGGCUUCAAAUUUGAAUUGCCAAGCAGUAAAGGAGUAUUAUGA